CUGCCUUGCACACAGUAUUGAAUUAUAUCUGCAUUAAUGGAAAGAGCCAACCAAACGUGGAUGGACUGCUUUAUCAUUAAAGGCAUCACAGAUCUUCCUGAGCUGCAAACACCCAUUUUCAUAUUGGUCUUCGUGAUUUAUCUCAUUAUUCUUGGUGGGAACUCGACCCUUUUGCUUCUUAUCUGCUCAAACCAGCAUCUUCGGACACCUAUGUAUAGUUUCCUGAGCAACCUCUCUGUUCUUGAUAUGUGCUACACCACAGUCACCAUGCACAAGGUUUUACUGAACUACCUGUCAGGGGAUCGACAUGUUUCAUUUUCGGGGUGCCUGGCUCAGAUGUAUUUUUUUGUCACAUUUUUGUGCUGCGAGUUUCUGCUGUUGACGGCCAUGAGUUAUGAUCGAUAUGUGGCCAUCUGCAACCCAUUACGGUAUCAGUUGAUCAUGAAUGGCAGUGUCUGUGCUGUGCUAAUGUCUACAUGUUGGGUGUUGGGAUUUUUAGAAGUUAUACCGGCUUUAUUUAUCAUCUAUGACAUCUACUGUUUCGUGUCCAAUGAAAUAAAUCACUUUUUCUGUGAUCUUCUUGCUCUGAUGAAGCUAUUUUGUAGGAAUGCCUCUUAUAUGGAGAAUUUGAUAUACUCUGAAUCAGUGAUUGUUGGGUUUAUCCCAUUCUCCCUAAUUAUCCUGUCGUAUGUUUAUAUAAUCCGAGCCAUAUUGAGGAUACAUUCCAACGCUGGGAGACAUAAAGCUUUCUACACUUGUUCCUCCCACCUCAUGGUUGUCUGUCUUCUCUACUUGACGAUAUUCUGCUUGUACAUGAGACCAACCACGACAUUUACUCUGGACUCUGACAAGCUAAUUUCUCUCUUGUACACCACACUCACACCUAUGUUAAAUCCACUGAUUUACAGCCUGAAGAAUAAAGAUAUCAAAUUAGCAUUAAAAAGGUUAAUGAAACAAAAUAAAAGCAUAUUAACUUAAUCA